CAUUUCUCACAUGCCACACUUACUCCCGCCCUUGUACAGUUGUGGAUGUUUUUGCUUGAUGAGGGACUAAACGUUCGUUGGUUAGGCAUGCAAAAAGACAGCAGCACACGCGUGGUGGCGGCUAAUCUGUUUCCAGAAGAAAGAAAAGUUUACGUCUGAAAUCUGACCAAAGGGAGUGUAAGUUCUAAAGCAAAAUGUUCACAAACUACAUAAAGAAUCUGAAUGAUAUGGUAUUUACCACGUCUGACAACCAAGAAGAGCCGCAGAGUCCUGGGGUCUUGGGACGAAUUGGUAGCUGGCUCAGUCCAUGGAAAGGAAGGAGUCCCAAGAGUCCCACUGAAAAUUCAUCCCCAACUCAUGAUCAAGCACUGAAGUCGGAGAAAGACGAGAGUACGACAUCUGCCAGUGCCGAGGCAAAGACACACCAGUGGGGGGAGAAAGAAAAGAGCUCAAAUCCCGAUCCACUGGGUCCCUCAAGAGACAUUUCAUGCUUUGAAGAAGUGGUCGCCACGCAGUCUGCCCACAGAGAACGCUCUGUAGUGAGCAGCAGUGUGGCCGCAGGAGGCGGGCCAAGAGAGGCGGAGUUUUUAGUCAGCAAAAAGAAGCGAAUAGGGCAGGCAAAUAAGGGCAGCCAUGCUCCUUUGGCGGGCGGGAAUUCUGAAAGUGUUGCUAGUUAUCUGACAGAUCCCUCUGCCACCUCUUCUUCCUCUGAGCAGGGUGUGGUAUGGAACUCUGACCAGGGCCAAGCCCAGAAAGCUGCACAGGCCCAGGCAGGAAAGAGGCUGCAUGUGUACGUGGAGGAGACCAGCGUGACUCACUGUGGCCAAGACACCUUAACAGGACAGGAAGUGAUCCUCACCAAAAUUGAAAAAAAGCUACCGCUCUUCCAAAAGUCAAAAUCAUCAGAAUUGUCAAGUGUUGAUUCAUUGAGAAGCUCAAGUUCAAAAGCAGAGGAAAACAAAUCACAAAUCAACAGCAUAGAGACACAGCAGGGCGUGUCACAGAAACUACACAAAGACUGCCAGUUGGAGCUUGAACCAGAUAAAAAACAAACAGAGGCUGGCAACAUGGGGCGUAAAAACUCAGCUAAGAAGAAAACGAGGAAGAACAUUCAGGGAGAUGGAGUGUGCAGCCCUCAGGAAAAAUUGCCUGUCAAUGUCCAACCUGUUCAAGAGGGAUUCCCUUCCCCCAAAAGCUCAGCGACCAGCCUACAGGGGGAAAGUCCACAGAGUCAAGUGGAGGAGCAACCUAGUGACUCCUCCUCUAAGCACGGCCUCACCUCACUGGCCUCACCUGGAGGUGGAGAAAAUGAGACUUCCUGUACUGAUGCCACCAAGAAUGCAGACAAAGUCUUGGGCUCACAUCCAGUCACUGCAACAGCUGAUGGAAGGGCAGACAUGGAGGAUGACGAACAUUUUUACAGAGUGGAGCGGAAGACAGAGACACCGGAGUCCAAACGUAGGAGUAUCAAAGUUUCUCGGAGCGAGGUAAAGCUUUUUCGGAAAAAUGUACCUUUAAAAACUGAGAAAAGAAUAGUUGAGGUGGACCUGGAGUCUACGCCGGACCAAGACAAAAAGGUAGAAAAGGAUAAGCCCCAUACAGAGACUGAUGAAAGACGGCAAGAUAUGAAGAAACCAGAGAAGCCAACAGUUCCAAUCCCGGGCCGGAUUGCAGCUAAGAUCAACCUAUUUGAGCGCCAGUCAGCCACGACGGGCCUCAAAAAGACCAUUCAAAUCCCGAGGAGCGCCGAUGUCUCUCCUGCUAGAAAAACUACAGAGGGGCUCAAAGCGGAUUUUCUACCCCCGGUGCAGAGGUCAAAAUCAGCGGACCGAUAUGGCGCUGCCACUUCCAGCCCUGUGCCACCCGAACAGGAAAUUAAGCUGACGGUCAAAGAGAGGGCAAAGAACUUUAAAGAAGAACCUACAAGAGAUUUUAAAUCAAUGCUGCCUCAAAAGUCCCCCAAGAUAGAAAUUACUAAAAAAACCAUCAAAUCUGUGGCAACCGCUGCAUCAGAAUCAUCAGAACCCGACAGUCAGGGUAAACUGGAAACUAAAGCAAUGACUGUGGUAACACUAAAACCAGACGGACAGGAUAUCACUGUUAGUGGGGUAAAACCUUCCACACCUAUGAAACAACAUGGCACCCAGAUCUCAAAGGCAGAUGGCCAGAAUACGCAACUUAACAGUGUCCCAACAAAAAGCACAAAUGAUACAGCAGAACUGACUAAUGAUAUAAGUACACGGUCAAAAGUCGCUGCUAGAUCAGGGUCUCGGCCUAAACGAAGAAGAAGUAAGGAGCCGACUAGUCCUGUGGCCGAAAAUCGGGACAACGAGCCAGACUCAAGUCAACAAAAUGUCUCCUCUGAAAAACAAGUUGAUGAUGUGGUCUUUCUACCACCUGAUGAAGUAGGAGUUACAUCUAAUAAAAACAGAUUUGUAAAGGAAUCUGACAUUGCUGAUACAAAAAAACAGUUGGAUUCUCCUUUUGGAAAAGUGACCGACAAACUAGUCAACCGAGUAGAGGAAGUACCUGAAUCAUCAGUCAACAAAGAUGAACCCGAUACUGUUGCUUCUAACUGGAAAACAAAGAAACCUAUUGACAAGGUUUUCGUUAGUUUGUCCCAAAGGGAGGACAAGACUGGGGGUGAUACCCGUCUACCCAAACAUGAGGUCAAAACUGCAGUAGAGGACAAACCUUCUCUCUCGCAGUCAGUAGAACCUUUUAAGAAAAAAAACCCUUUCGUGGUGCAAGGACCACAUGCUGAAAUCUCAAAACUAGAUGAAGGCACACCAAAGCAACCUGGAUCAAUAAGUAGACUAAAAGCAAGGCAACACUAUGUUAUUGACACAAAACCAACAAUUCAGAGUGAAGCCAAAGAUGUUUCUAAAUUAGAACGUCAGGACAAACACCAGAUUGAGAAAAAAGACAAAGAAACACCCGAAAAACUCAAUCUAGACAAAAACAUGAAACUUAAUGUAGCUUUGCAGCAUAGAGGAGACAUUUUGAGGACAGAAGGAAGUGUAGCUAUGGAUAAUCAGACAAAUCAGAUUAAGACACAAGAUAAAACGCAGCCUAUUAGAGAUACUAAUGCAGCCGUGUCAGUCCCUACUGAAACGCUGACCACAAAUAUGGAGAAGGCUGCAGCGUAUUCAGUUAUUCAGAGUAAAAAGACUGCAAGAGAGAGUGCUAAAGGGUCCUUCCAGGAAGAGACAGCUCGAGAUAUGUCUGAGAAAAUAAAAUCACUAGAAAAAGCUCCAGCAGUUAUUGCAACACAAGAACAGCAGCCUAAUUUUGAGACUGUGGAACAAUUAGAAGGAGCAGUCAGUGACUCACAUAAGCAUGAAGCCAAUUUGGGUGGUGACUUUAGUGCAAAGACUGAGCACGUAAGAGUGUCUUAUGACCCACCUGUGCUGAUAAGUGCUCCCACGGACAAUACGGUAACUGUUAGAAAGCCGACUCGUAUUUCUGUUGAGAGGAAGAGCCAGGCCAGUGAGACACAAAGCUCAACAGUAAACUCCUCAACAGAUAAAACAUCGUUAACAAAGCCACAGAUUGAGGAAGUAAAUAUUACAGAGACUCUCACUUCACACAGAGGCUUAAACAGAACACAGCAGAAAACCUCUGACGACGUUCUUUCUCGUGCCGCUGUUGUUGAGAUAGAUAAGACAGAUAAAGGAAGUGAUGCGCCGGGGAUUAUUGUGCUUCCGUCGAGCUUUAACAGUGAUCUCUCCUCACAACCAAGACAACACAGAGACGAACCAGACAUGAACAAACAAACUGUAAAAACCAUGACUUCCCCAAAGGCUAAAAAGCUCACCACAGAUCAAAUCCAGCCUUCGUCCCCUAAGAAACUGAAUUCGCCACGAGGACGGGGCACAGAUGAUUCUUCAUUUCAGCAGCACGACGCGCCCUCAAGUUGGCUGGAUGUGGACUUCCCAAAGCACAGACUUAAACUCCCCGGGCCCAAACUAAGCGCCUCUUCAAGCGAAAGCAAUCUCCUGGACACAGCGGAUGAGCUCGAUGAUGAAAACUUCAUUGAGAAGAUCCAGAAACUUUGUGCUCCCUUUUCCCUCCCACCUCGAAAACACAACCAACUCCGGCAACCUCAGCCCCCUUUUGCAAUGCCUGCCAUUAGAGAAGCCCGCUUUGAGAAGACAUUUGACCCUGAGGAGUUUGAAAUUGGCCUUAGAAAGAAGAAUCGCUCCUUCGACACAGGCUCUAACAUGUUACCUAAAUUUCAGACCACAGAAGCCAAAACUGUCAAUAAGCCUGCUAGGGCGAGCAUAGUAGAUAGAUGUCUGUUGAUUAGUAGUCUGGAUACUUCUUCUCAUUCGAAAGAUAAGACACCAAACAGCAAUGAAGCGGACACUAAGGAAGAGAAAGACGAUCACAUCAUCAGGAAGUCUCGCUUGGAAGGAAGUUGUGUCCUUAGCAGUCUCACAUCCCCUAGUUUCAAGGGGAGGCGAAAUGGUGCAGUUCCACAGGGCACCAACUCAAGUGAUGUGUCACCCCAGCUUAGCCCUUUAUCCGAGCCAACCUCGCCCGUUCCCACUGCAGACUACUUCACCAGGCAAAAAGAAGACCGAGUUCUGCCUACAGGGGCUGUGGUCGGUGACUCAGGCCCUCCGUUUCCCUCAUUUAACGACAUCAAGCUGCCUGACUAUUUAGAGAAGUACCGCUCCCUGGAUCCAGCAACAGCAGGGCAAAGUAUGAUGAAAACAGAGGUUCCUGCAGCCCACAUCCUUGAACAAGAUCUGGUUGUAAAACCAGGUUCGAACCUUCCUUAUACUGUGCCCCCAUCUUUUCCUGGGAAUACGCCAAGCCUUUACCCGGCACCUUCAGAGCGUCAGCAACUUCUUUCCCAGGGGAUACUUAGUAAAAAUGAGAGGACCGCCAAAGGCUUUCACAGGCGACCUGGAAAGAUCGUACUGUUCCCGGAAGCUCAGUUCAGUGGCCAAGCCUAUGAGAUCUACAGGGACAUAGCGGACGCCACUCACCUGAAACUCUCGAACAUCAUAUCUGUGAAGGUCAUCCGAGGAUGCUGGAUCCUCUACGAAAAGCCGGACUUUCAGGGCCGCUGUAUCGCCUUGGAGGAGGGGGGUCUGGAAUUGAUAAACGAGUGGGCAGAGCCGGAGCAAAACACCGCACCAAUGCUAAUCGGCUCCGUUCGACUUGCCGUCUGUGAUUACAGCACCCCUCAUAUUGAUCUGUUCACGGAACCCGAGGGCCACGGGAGAGUGACACCGUACCAUGACGAUACCAUAGAGACGGGCUCGUUUGGAAUCCCGCUGAGCACCGCUUCCAUCCAAGUGCACUCCGGGCUGUGGCUGGUGUUCAGUGAUCCAGGUUUCCAGGGAAUGCUGGCUGUGCUGGAAACGGGGAUAUACCCUUUUCCGGAGACGUGGGGCUUCCCGUCGCCGUUUGUAGGCUCUCUCAAACCCCUUAAAAUGGGUGGUUUUAAAGUGGAGAAUCCAAAUGACGUUAAGGCUUUGGUGUAUGAGAAACCUGGAUUCGAAGGUUCCCAUUUGGAAAUCGACAGUGAAGUUUUCAGCUUUUGCAAUGACGAAGAGGACGAUGUCAACACGGACACUCCCGAGCUCGAGUCUGUGGGUUCUUUGAAGAUAAUCGGAGGAUUCUGGGUAGGCUACAAUGAACCAGGGUUUGAAGGGCAACAGUACAUACUGGAGGAAGGAGAGUACCUGGACUGUGGUGACUGGGGAGGUUCGGGGCAGAUACUGUCACUUCGACCCAUCAUGUCUGAUUUCAUCUCGCCACACCUCAAAAUGUUCAGCAACAAAGAUUUCAGCGACCGAGGGGUCAACAUCGACCUGAUUGUGCCCGUCAUCAACAUGGACCACACCGGCUACGGCACCAAGACGGAGUCUUUUGAUGUCAUCAGUGGCAUAUGGGUUGUGUUUGAAGAGCCUUGCUUUUGUGGCGAGUCCUACGUCCUUGAAAAGGGUCUCUAUGGUUGCCCAGAAGACUGGGGGGCGCCACAGCACCAGAUUGCCUCUGCAAUGCCCGUCGUACUGGAUGAUUUUGAGAACAUGGCCAAGUUUAAGGUGCAGCUUUUCUCCCAGCCAGCUUUUCAAGGCGGCGUCCUUUCUUUGGAGGACAACAUGGCGGCCGUGCAGCAAGGCUUCACCGUGGCCUCCUGCAAGGUCCUGGUGGGCAGUUGGCUGGCGUUUGAAGGCCAGGACUUCACCGGCAGGAUGUACCUGUUAGAGGAGGGCAACUACCCCGACUUGAGGGCGAUGGGUUGCGUCAACGCCAACACCGCCAUCCUGUCGUUACUGACUGUCGGCUUCGAGUUCUCGCAGCCCUCCAUUAUUCUUUUCGAGCGCUGCGGUCUGCAUGGAAAGCGGCUGGUGCUGACAGACGGAUGCGUCAACCUUCAGCUGGCUGAAGGCUGCGCUCGGGUCCAGUCGGUGCUGGUGGAGGGAGGCGUGUGGAUUUUAUACGAGGGGAUCAACUACCGGGGGGCUCAGAUCUUGGUCAAACCUGGCGAGGUUCCCGACUGGCGCCUCUUCAGCAAGUGGAGUAAAGUUGGAUCUCUCCGUCCCCUUCUGCAGAGGCAAGUGCACUUCCGCCUAAGGAACAGACAGACCAGGCUCAUGAUGUCGGUAUCGGGCGAUCUGGAUGACGUCAAACUCCUGCGCAUUCAAGAGGCCGAGGAGACGCUGGGUUUGGAGCAGGUCUGGGUCUACCGCGGCGGACAUCUGCACUGCAAGCUGCUGGAGGAGUGCUGCCUGAGCCCCAGUGGGAGCGUGAUCAUCGCCGGGAGCCGCGUGGGCCUCACACCGGAGCAGGACAACCACGUGUGGAGCAUCACCCCUCAGGGCUUCAUCCGCUACAUGCCCCAUGCCGAUCUGGUCUUGGAGGUGAAAGGGGGGAAUCAUUACGACAAAAACCAAGUGAUUCUCAACACCCUGGAUCCAAAUAAGCUCCACCAGACGUGGGAUGUGGAGGUUAUUUAAACACGGCUCUUUUGUGCAGCUGCUACGACAUGCAAGCGUUCAAGGACUACAUGCACCUUUACCACAACUCUUUUCCGUGGAUGAGUGAAGUGAACUCUUGAGAAUGUAUUGGCGCCAAACAAGGUUUGGACUUGAAUGAAAAAGAACCUGACGCUUCCAGUAAUAGAUUUUAUAUCUUUGCCUUUUCAGUAAAUAAAAUGGAGUUUGCCUGUUUUGUCAUUAACUUAAACAGUGUUAACAUGUUGCAUGUGUUUGUAUUCAAAUGUUAUUUUUUUUGCCUUUCAUUCAGCAAUAAAACCAAUCCUCUACUUA